GCAUGCGCCAGCUCGACCCGCUGCGCCAGGCGCUGUAUUGCGCAUGCGUGCCGGGCACGGUGGCCGAGAGACGGGGGAGUCGCGCGUCUCGCCGGCGCCUUUUCGGGCGGGCUGCGCGCAUGCGCGGGGGGAGGGGGAGCGCCUCUGGGCUGGCGGCGCAUGCGCAGGGAGCGGGGCGAGGAGCCGGCAGCCCGUGCCGGAGGGAGCCCACACGUCGCGGCUGCGGCUGCGGCUGAGUGCAGGCCUCGCCGCCGCGGGGCCCGAGCAGCGUGUCCGCCGGGGCCGGGCGGCCGCCCAGGAGCGCGCAGAGCCCGCCGCGAGGCCGCCCCGGGGUGCGCAGGGCCGGGGCCGAGGGGAAGCGGAGGGCGCGGCGGCGGCGCCGGGAGCCGCCGCGAUGAAGCUGGUGCGGAAGGACCUGGAGAAGGAUAACGCGGGGCAGGUGACGCUGAUCCCCGAGGAGCCCGAGGACAUGUGGCACACCUACAACCUGCUGCAGGUGGGCGACAGCCUGCGGGCCUCCACCAUCCGCAAGGUGCAGACCGAGUCGGCCACGGGCAGUGUGGGCAGCAACCGCAUCCGCACCACCCUCACCCUCUGCGUGGAGGCAAUCGACUUCGACUCGCAGGCCUGCCAGCUGCGGGUCAAGGGCACCAACAUCCAGGAGAACGAGUAUGUCAAGAUGGGGGCCUACCACACCAUCGAGCUGGAGCCCAACCGGCAGUUCACCCUGGCCAAGAAGCAGUGGGACAGCGUGGUGCUGGAGCGCAUCGAGCAGGCCUGCGACCCGGCCUGGAGUGCCGAUGUGGCGGCCGUGGUCAUGCAGGAGGGGCUGGCUCACGUCUGCCUCGUCACCCCCAGCAUGACCCUCACGCGCGCCAAGGUGGAGGUGAACAUCCCUCGCAAGCGGAAAGGGAACUGCUCUCAGCACGACCGGGCCCUGGAGAGAUUUUACGAGCAGGUGGUGCAGGCUAUCCAGCGGCAUAUCAACUUCGAGGUGGUGAAGUGUGUGCUGGUGGCCAGCCCAGGCUUCGUGCGGGAGCAGUUUUGUGACUACAUGUUUCAGCAGGCAGUCAAGACCGACAACAAGCUCCUGCUGGAGAACAGGUCCAAGUUCCUGCAGGUCCACUCUUCCUCGGGACAUAAAUACGCAUUGAAGGAAGCCCUUUGUGACCCAGCUGUAACUAGCCGUCUCUCUGACACUAAGGCAGCGGGUGAGGUCAAAGCCUUAGAUGACUUCUAUAAAAUGCUGCAGCAUGAGCCAGACCGGGCUUUUUAUGGUCUAAAACAUGUGGAGAAGGCCAAUGAAGCCAUGGCCAUUGACACCUUGCUGAUCAGUGAUGAGCUCUUCCGGCACCAGGAUGUGGCUACACGUGCUCGAUAUGUUAAAUUGGUAGAUAGCGUACGGGAGAACAUGGGCACAGUGCGCAUCUUCUCCAGCCUUCAUGUAUCUGGGGAGCAGCUUGGGCAGUUGACAGGGGUGGCAGCUAUCCUGCGCUUUCCUGUUGCCGAGCUCUCUGACCAGGAAGAUGGAUCUAGCUCUGAAGAAGAUUGAUAAUGGUGACUUCAUUCCACCUUCUCUUUUCUCAGUUCACAUUGAAAAGACAACAAAGGCCUUCCCUUCCUAAAGACUAUGUGCAGAUGUGCCAUGACAUGUAAUUUAAGUUUUUGAUGGCAUUUCUUACAGUAUAAAGCUCUGCUUAGCACUCGGAUGGAUAUCUGUUCUAUGACAAAUUAUGGAUACACUGUGGAUUGGAGCUGAUUGUUUUUGCAAGUUACACCCUGGACUUUCAGCAGUACAAGAAACUGAUUUCACUCCCAAAAGCUGUUUUUCUUGCAUAUUCAUGCAGAUUGGCAGCUUAAUGUUUUGGAAUGUGUAUGAAAAGAUAAUAAAUUAAGAGGGAGAAACAUGUCGGACUGUCUUUAUUUCUGUUUUUAAGUGCUUGAAAGCAGUAUUAAUAAUACAAUAAAUCUUAAAAAUUUCCUCAGGCAAGACCUUUCCAAACUAAGCUUAAUCUUCUUAGGUACUCACUGUUCACAUCUUAGGAAGAAGGGUAGAGGAAUGGGAUGAAUGUCAUCUGUCAGGGACUUUCUUCGGUGCAUGUGUGUACUUGUACACUUGCAUACUUUUGGAGAUAUUUGAGGCAACUUAAAAGGUCUAGUUUCUGAAAGAUUAUUUCCUCCCUAAUGUAAUAGCAGAUGCAGGACAUAUUGUGGAGCCCAGUAAGUUCAUUUGAGGUAUCUCUUAAAUGAUGAUUUCUUGGAAGAUUGUUCUGAGGGCUAGCAAGAGGUACACUGUGUUUUGCAAUUGACUGUUUUCUAAUGAAUUGGCACUGGGAUUAUUUCAUGCCCAGUUCUGCAGAACGUUAUCAAUAUAAUUACGGCUUACAGAAACAGAUCUCUGUUUUUGUUAGGAAUCUUUCGACUAUUAAUAGUUCUGAUAAUUUCAUAAUCUGUUAUUUCACAAUCUGUUAUUUCGCUACCAAUGUACCCAUCUAAAAACAUUUAUUUCCAAUUUAUAGCUUGUAUAUAUAAAUUACAUUUUUAUAAACAAACUUCAGCCUAAGAUACUGAUAACUGUAAAAAUAAGUGUUGCUUUUCCAGUUGUUUACUAUAACAAAAGUACUCCCAGAACUAUGAUGAGUUGUUUCCAGUGAACAUUAUAUCUUAGGUCGAGGAAACGCCAAGUUAAUUUAAACCCCGGGUUGAUGGUGUAGGCAAUGUGUGUAAAUAAGCUUUAUUUAUUUAUUUAAAUGGGAGGAGAUGUGAGCGACUUGCCAAAACUGAAAAUCAAAUUUAAGAAAACCUACCAAAGACUUGUGAAAUACGGACAGGGAUAUAAUGAUGGAAGAGUAAAAAUUAAAACAAAAAAAAAUAAAAGUUUCAAAACAUUCAGUCUAGGCAGAUUAACUUCAGAAAAAUAUUUUUAAAGGUACUCUAAUGCUGAUGUAUGCCAGCUCUGUGAAUCUGAUAAUAUAGUCUGAUAAUAUAAUGAUAAUAUAAUAGUCCAAGAUGGGGAAGUCUUUUUGAAUUAAAAGCCCUCUUCCAUCCUGUCUUCCACAUAAUGUUAAUGAAGUACAGCUCUAAUUCGUGUUCUCUUCAUGCGCUCUUUAGGCUAUGUGGAUGUUGAUUCUCCUGUCAGUGAAGACAAGUCCUAUAUCAGUUCUUUCAGAGUACACAACUAUGUUGUUUGAGCCUUAGUUUUGUCUUGAGUGGUGUUGAAUGCCCUCCAUCCCACAAUCCUUAGCUAGGUUUCUUUCAACUGUUAGAACCAGUUAAUUUAAAAAUGAUGUUUGUUCUUAUAAAAGUCUGCCUAAGAUGCCUAAACACUUGGCCAACUAGCAAGCACCUGGAUUCCUGCUAUACACUAAGUUAAAUGUAAAGAAUGUAUUCAACACUUGGAAGAAUCAGACCUUCAAUAAGUAUUAUUUAACAAAUGAAUACUUGCAUUAAACAGUCUCAUACUGUCUAAAUAAUGAGUUAUUAAUUUCUCUUUUUAAGAUAAACUACUAUAUUAACGUUUCUGUGCUUAUAAGUAUUGGCAGUUUGUUGCCACUGUAAGCUAAAGCUGCCUAAGCUUAAAAUUGUAUUACAGUGGGAAAUUCUUAAUUUAAUUCCCAGCAAACUAAAAGAGGUAUAAAACACUUUAACUUACUUGGAAUAAAACUAUUCCUAGACUGUAGCAUGGUUUGCUCUUCUUUUGGACCAACUUGAGCCAAGUUACUCCAUUUAGAAAAGAAACGUUGGAAGUUUUGCUGCAGAUUGUAGGAAGGUUACAGUGGCAAUUGUGCAAGUCUUUAUUUGUGUCUUGUCUUAGUGUUUCACUAAGAAAAAAUACAACCACUUUGUUGUCUGAUCUUUAUCUUAAGGUAAAACGGCAAGCAUUUGGUAAGAAAAUGUGUUCAUAGCGAUUCUUUGAAAUAUUUAGAUUCAGAGUUAAAACUCUGCACCAACUAUAUAACUUAUGAAUUGUGUCUUUUCCUUUUUUAGAUACUGUUACCAUAGCAUUAAGUCUCUGAAAGAAAUUUAUGUAGUUGCCCAAAGUAUGGAAGGGUGGGCUUUUUAUUUUAAGCACUUUUGUAGUAGAAUAGAUACACAAUCGUUAUGUAGACAAAUGCAUCCUGUUUCAGGAAACAGCUUAAGGGCUUGGUUUUGAAAGUAGGCUAUGCUCAAUAGUGCAGAUGCUUUACCUGGCAAAAUUCCAGGGAUGUUAGUAUCUUUUAUAUUUAAGGGAAUUUUGAUUGGUUUGUAAAGUCCAUAUUGGCAAAGAUACUUGCUUAACAAAGACCUUAACUUCUGUUUGCAAUAGCACUUAAAAAGAUGCAUGUUAUCUGCAGUUUAAAUCGGUAAGUGCUAUAGGCGUGGGAAAAUAUUUUUCUUGUCCUUUCUUUGGAAAUAGACAUACCAAAUAAUAAACUAAAAUCUGUCCAUAAAAUGGAAAUUGUUCUCUUAAACCUAAAGUGCUUAGUAAUUUCAAACAAUAUCCUAUUUUUUACUUCUGAUUGAUUCUGAUGUAAUUCUGUGAAUUAAUAACAUGGUUUAUCUUCCUUUUUUUUUCCUUUUUCAAAAUAAAUGGUUACAUGUUGUAA